CUUGCGACCAAGAGGAGAAUCUUCGUUGGCGCAAUCAACAUGCAUCCACAUCUACACAACGACCAAGCCAAGCAUUGCGCGGAGGUGAUUGCCGCACUCGAAGAAUGCCACCAACGAGGAUUCAUAUCACGAUGCUUCGGCGCUUGCAACGAUGCAAAGCAUAAGGUCAACAUGUGCCUGCGCGCGCAGAGACUCGAGCGAACGAGGGAAAACCGAGAGGCGGCCAAAGAGAAGAGGAAACACAUCGAGAAAGUAUGGGCCGAGAUCGACGCAGAGUAAUGCACGAACCUAUACACUUAUAUUAUACCACUGUAACAAUAAGAUCUGUGCUAUGAAGGAGCAUCAUUGGCGCUAUGGGAAAUGAGAAUGAACAUUGAUUGUAUAAUAGCCAGUGCAGAAGCCUACAAAUCUACAUCAUCCUAUGAUGGGUAUCUGUUUAAUAUGAUAGCAAUUCGUCUACCGCCGUUUGGAAAUACUUCUGCCCUAGUCAUCUUCAGGGCGAGUGGGUAUAGGUGUGUUUUCCAGUGGUGUUGUUCCAAGGCUUUCCAAUCCUCUAUUAACUAAGAGCUUGGUUCCAUCUCCACCGCUUGCAGGCAGUGCAGGCAUUCCGGCC